AUGAACCUGAUCGGGGGCUACCAGCAUCACCACCACCUGGUGCACGAGCCCUUCCCCUUCGUGCAGCGGUGCCACCAGGACGCGCCGUACUUCCAGAGCUGGGUGGUCAACCACGGCGAGAUGCCCGCGGACUUCCAGAUCCCGGCGCCGUACCCGGCCGCGGAGCUGGGCGCGCCCGGCGCCGCGCACGACGGCCGCCUGGAGGGGCUGCAGGCCGGCGUGGGCAAGCGGAGGGCCGCGGGCCCCAAGAAGGAGCGGCGCCGGACGGAGAGCAUCAACACGGCCUUCGCGGAGCUGCGGGAGUGCAUCCCCAACGUGCCCGCGGACACCAAGCUGUCCAAGAUCAAGACGCUGCGCCUCGCCACGAGCUACAUCGCGUAUCUGAUGGACGUCCUGGCCAAAGACUCCGGGGAGACGGAGGGCUUCAAGGCCGAGAUUAAGAAAUUCGAGAACCGGGAUUUGAAAAGGAAGCGAGAGCUGGUGAGUUUGUCGGGAGGCGCUCUCAUUCCCAGCAGCAGCGGACCUCUGUCCGGGGAGAAGAAGGUGAAGGGCCGGACCGGGUGGCCGCAGCAGGUCUGGGCUCUGGAGCUCAACCAGUGACACACACACACACACACACACACACACACACACACACACACACACACACACACACACACACACACACACACACACACACACACGGACUCUUCAGGACCUUUGAUUUUUGUGGUAUUUCUUCUGCUUUGUGAUGUUUUUUGAUUUUCCACAUCUGCACGCGCUGCUGUCCAGAUGUUUGUACCGGAGAACAUCUGUUUGACUGAGGAAGAAAACUGUGUCUCCCUGAUUCUCCGCAUAAGUUAUGAAGAGGAAAGUGUUGGUUUGGUGCAGCAGCAGAACGUUUCUUCAGCUUUUCCUUCAUUCUCACGUUUCACACCAAAGUAUCAGCGGU